CUGCUUCACCUGUCAUAACGACUUCGUUCAUGAUGAGAGCAAUAAUACUCCUGAUGGUGACAGCUGUCGUCUGGGCAGAUGAUUUGUAUGUUAGGAACGACGGAACGCCAAUUAUUUUUGGUGUGGGAAGUGACGGCGACCCUGACAUGGUAAAGUCACCGGGCGUGUUGGUGAUGUCCCCAAAGUCUUUAUCGCAACGAUCUUCAGGCCAGACUACUCAAGGCCAACGGUCACGGCAAGUCUUCACUUCGGGCCAGACUUCACCACCCCAAGGGCAAAUUUUCUCAAGUCGAACUUCACCAAUCCCUUUCUCACCCCAGCAUACCACCUUGCCACCGAGUCGGUUUUGUGAUCACGCUCGCAGACCUAUAGUGGACGAGGUGUUCCAGGGUAGGGCAUACCACUUCUCCUGGUGCCAUGAUGGCGGCCGCUUCUACACAUGGUACGAUGCCAGCCAUCAUUGUCAGAGGCUGGGCAACGGCUUCCAGGCCGUCAGUAUAGAGCACCCGAACGAAGACAACUUCGUGGCUGGAGUUCUUAGAACAUACCAGAUCAGGGACAUCUGGACAAGUGGUAGUACAUUGGGCUCUUACCAGUGGUACUGGCAAACGGGUGUCUCCACGGGUUACACAAACUGGUCUAACACCGGCAGACUUGGAAGAAGUCAACCAGACAACGCAGACGGUAACGAGCAGUGCCUGGCGGUGGUGAACAGCUUAGGCGUCGGGUGGCACGACUCUCGCUGCAACACUCUCCGACCUGUUAUCUGUGAAACAGAGGCGUUCUACAGGCAGUAAUUUUAUAACUUCAGGAUGUUUAGUUUAUCUAUUUAAUAGCCUUCGUAAUACAAGUCUAUAAAUAUACUAAUUUUUAAUAAAGUGGUUUAACCUCU